AUGUCUAACCCCCAUCGAAAUCCCGCCACUCCUGCCAGCAAUUGGCAUCUGUCACCGGCGCAAUAUGAAAGCUUUGAAGCCCCUUAUACACGUACUCCCGUCAACUUGAGGUCAGCGGGAAGCGAUUGGAGGGCAUUUGCCAAAGCGUUGACCAACUACCCAAUUUUAGUUAUCCUAAUGCCGACCGGGUAUAACAUCUCCCGAUCGGCUUCUACCGACUCUAAUCAGGCUCUUUGUAACAAUUAUCCGAUUGCCACCACUAUGUAUGAGGGUACACUGUCUAGGCCUGGCUCUACACCACCCUUCGUCUCGGCGUCGACUUCUAUCGAGUUUUGGAAAGCUUUCUUCAGCAACCUGGCCACCAAUACUACAGAUCCGCUGUUUUACAAUGCUCGACUCCUCUAUGACGCGCUUCAAGUUGUGAAGGAAUUUCCCAAUGGCCUCCCAGGAUUUGAAACUCGCCCGAUCAGAGGCCCGGCCGACGUUCAAAUUUUAAUGGAGGAAAUAAUGGGUUUAACACGGGACUGA